AGUUCACCUGGACCAGAUGAAUCCCAGAAGUUGAUUUUGUGAACACUUAUCUUGCUGCUCUUCCUGUGACUUCUCAGCAUGCCAGGCAGCUGAAUGGUUAUCAUCAUUCCACAAACAUUUCUUGUCUUGCUUAUAGCUAGGGGCACAGACCCUAGCCCCAGGAGCCAGAUCCUGCAAAGAUGGGAAAUAGAUGCUCGCCACCCCUACAGCCAGGGGAGGGCCAGGUGAAUCAGCCACCUGAUCCUACGGAAGCAUCUAUAGGGAGGGACUCCAGAAUGGUGGGAGAAGGUGAUUCCAAUAAAGGUCAGGAGGGGGCGCACAACCAGGGCGGGCUGCUAAGAUCAGACCGUGGGAUGUACUGAUCUGGCUGAACAUGAAGCAGAGGUGCAGGAGAAAUGCAAAGGGCCUUCGGUGCUGUUCUAAGGCCUUAGCACUUGAUCCUAAGUCCUGCAAAGCUUCAGGAUGGCAUGUGUGCCAAAGUAAGUCAGUCAAUGGGUGCCUGAGUUUCUGACAGAGGGCAGCCUGGCAUCCGCCUGGGCUCUCCUGCAUCUUCCCUCCAGCCACAGUGGCGCAUGUCAUUGGUUGUACCUGAAACUAGUUUAGAUCUGUAUCAUUGACUGUCUCAGGAGAAAAUGGGGCAACUGGAGAGUGGUGGUAGGACAUGUUUAGCAGAAAUGUUGGGGUUCCCAAAAGCAAGCAUCCAGGACAUCCUAGAAAAUUUAGGAUUCACUUCUAAAAUACAUGUAAAGAAAUACCUUAUGAGAUUAGAUGGGGUAUUUGUAUCUGGUUUCUCUUCAGAAUGCACGGUUUCUGGGAUCCUGAGAGCUGCUUGGUGUCUCAAGGACAUGAUGGGAAAGGUGGUUCAAACCAUUGGUCUAGUGUAAAAGGAUUUGGAGAGUGAGUUAACUGAAGAUGAAAAGCUAUCUUCAAGGGCUCAUUCCCUUAGCGGGCAAGUGUCUGUGUGUGCCAUGGUGCUGGGUCACCCACAGGGUCACCAGUAGCCGUGGUCCUGCCCUUGCAGCUCACAGUCUCACAAGAUGGCUUGUGUCCACAGAACACUAGGAUGAUCAAGGGUCUUGGAGGAGGAGGGUCUUGGAGGAGGAGAUUGAUGCUUGAAUGGAAAAGACAUCCCACCCCGACUGUCCCCCAGCAGUGCCUGCAUGCUUUGGCAACACUAGGGCAAACUAAGGCUGACCCAACCCUGGAAGACACAGGAGUCUUAGAUGGCCAACUUUAGCUCAAGGACUCCCAGAUAGCUUUGCCCCACCUUCCUUUUUCUGUCCCUUGAGGAAACACAUUGCAGUCUGAUGGCCCCCACAACCUUUCUGCUCCUUCUACUUAUUCUCACGCCAGUGUGUCCCCUGACAAGAUCUUACUUGUGGAGGACUGGACCCAAGUUUGAAAGUCCAGAAGAGACUGACUGAAGAAGGGAAGGGACUGUCAGCACACGAGGACCCCGAGGUGGUUCAUGUGUCAUGGCAGGUAUGGUGCUAAUGCCACUGAUGGGGUAAAGGAAACCUGGGGCAUGAUCAUUUUAACACUGUAGGGCUCAUUCUCAGGCAGUCUUAGUUCAAAAUUAGCACAUAAUUAGGCCUCGCAGACGCUGCCAUCACCAAACCUCCCACGUUGUGUAGCCCCCUGUGUUCUUCAACCUUGCUGUUGGCAGUGAACUCUUGACCCACCUCUCCUACAGCAGAAAACUUUGGUGCCCUGAGCAUGGGGGAGAAAGGAUUUGGUUAUAAAGGUUCCUGCUUUCACAGAAUAAUCCCAGGAUUUGUAUGCCAGGGUGGUUACUUCACACGCCAUAAUGGCACUGGUGGCAAGUGCAUCUGUGUGAGGGGGAAUUGGAUAAUGAGAAUUUCAUCUGGAGACUUGUCAGUGGCAAAUGCUGGACCGGACACAAGUGGUUCCCAGUUUCUCUUCUGCAGUGCCAAGACGGAUGGAAUGGAGAGCAUGCGGUCUUUGGCAAGGUGAGGGGGAAAUGAAUAUUGUGGAAACCAUGGAGGCUUUGGGUCAGGAAUGGCAAGACCAGCAAGAAGAUCAUCAUUGCUGACUGUGACCAAAUCUAAUAAAUUCGACUUGUGUUUUAUAUUAACCAACAGACCAUUCCUUCAAUGGCUCAAAAGAGCACCAUUUCAUCCCCAUCUUCUCAAAAUAGCCUAUAAUCUGUAUGUUCUCUCUAUAAUCCUUUGGGUUCCAUAUUUUCCUUAUCCCCUUCCAAGUCUAGCUGGAUUGCAGAGUUAAGUUUAUGAUUAUGAAAUAAACAGUAACAAAAAAUAAGCACAUAAUUAUUCACUCUUGUCAUCUAAAAAUUAGAUGUUUGUGGAACUAUGGCUUCUCUCAUUUAACAAAUGGAAAAAUGAAGCAUGGGUAGGAUUCCAAUUUGAGUCUAUAUUCAGACCUGCAGCUUUUGGUUUUCUGAUUAAAUCCCUAAGUGCAUAACAACUCGCACUGCCUACACUGGCCAGGCUCUGUGAUCAGUCCACAUGGUGACUCGUCUGAUCUUCACCACAGCCUGGGGGAUUUACUAAUGCUCUGCAUGUUACAGGUGAGGAAAGUGAGACACAGACGGUCACACAGCUGCCACUGAGUGUCAGAACUGGAAUUUGAACCCAGGCAGAGGGCCCCGGUGUCUACUCUGUCCAUCCAUCAUGGGACCUCCCUUUAUCUCACACCGCCACUCUGCACCGUGGAACAGCAAUCUCCUUAUGAGUAAUGCCUCAGGGCUCCUGGGGACAGUCAGUGCCCCCCUGGAGCUGGCAACCUGGCCUCAGCUCAGCCCCUUACUGACUGUGCCUGCUGAGCCACAGAUGGACCGUGUGGGAAAUGGCUCCCACGGAGCACCCCAGCUCUUCCUCACCACCUCGCUGGCCCGCGGUAUCUCCGGCAUCUUUGUGUGGACCGCCCUGGUGCUCACCUGCCACCAGAUCUACCUGCACCUGCGCUCCUAUACAGUCCCCAACGAGCAGCGCUACAUCAUCCGCCUUCUCUUCAUUGUGCCCAUCUACGCCUUUGAUUCCUGGCUCAGCCUGCUCCUCCUCGGAAGCCACCAGCAUUACAUCUACUUCGAUUCUGUGCGUGACUGCUAUGAAGCCUUUGUCAUUUACAGCUUCCUGAGCCUCUGUUUCCAGUACCUGGGGGGUGAGAGUGCCAUCAUGGCUGAGAUUCGGGGAAAACCCAUCCGGUCCAGCUGCUUCUAUGGCACCUGCUGCCUCGGGGGCAUGUCCUACUCUAUCAGCUUCCUGCGCUUCUGCAAGCAGGCCACACUGCAGUUCUGCGUUGUGAAACCCGUCAUGGCUGUGGUUACCAUCGUCCUGCAGGCAUUUGACAAAUACCACGAUGGGGACUUCAACAUCCACAGCGGCUACCUCUACGUCACACUCAUCUAUAAUGUCUCAGUCAGCCUGGCCCUCUAUGCCCUAUUCCUUUUUUACUUCGCCACCAAAGAGCUCCUGCGGCCCUUUGAGCCUGUCCUCAAGUUCCUCACCAUCAAAGCAGUCAUCUUCCUCUCUUUCUGGCAGGGGAUGCUACUGGCCAUCCUGGAGAGGUGUGGGGUCAUCCCUGAGGUCCAGGUCGUCGAUGGGAGCAAAGUGGGAGCUGGCACACUGGCGGCAGGCUAUCAGAACUUCAUCAUCUGCAUCGAGAUGCUCUUUGCCUCCAUUGCCCUACGCUAUGCCUUCACCUGCCAGGUGUACUCAGAGAAAAAGGAGAAUUUGCCAGCACCCCCAGCGCCCAUGCAGAGCAUAUCUAGUGGCCUCAAGGAGACCAUGAGCCCACAGGACAUCGUGCAGGACGCCAUCCACAACUUCUCACCUGCCUACCAGCACUACACACAGCAGGCCACGAACGAGGCCCCAGGACCCAGCCAAGGAGGGCACCCCUCACCCAGCACCCACUCCAGUGCUGCAGGUGGCUCUGGCGGGGGCAGGAAGAGUCGCAACCUGGAGAAGAGGAUGCUGAUCCCCUCAGAGGAACUGUAAGAGGGGCCAUGAGGUCACCCGACGGGAUCUGCAGACCAAGCCCUAGGGACAGGACAGGGCCCCUUGUCCGCCAGCCCUCUUGCCAAAGGCCAAGCAUCUCCCAAGAGCCCGGUCAGGUCUGUGGAGCACACUGCCCAUCCUAAUGCCAGCUUGUGGAGAGGGGCUGAGGGACCCUGCUGGAUGCUCAGGGGCCACCUAGUGGGUCUGCAGUCCCAGGAGAGAGCACCUGAGCAUAUUUGGGUUCACUUGACCAUCAGGUCCCUGGAUGGACUGGUUCCUGGCUGGGAAGCUGCAGGGAAGAACAAGCGUGUGGAGGGGAAGCACUGGAGAUGUGGGAACACUGGUGGGUGGGGCCACACAACUGGAGGUAGGGUGACUCGACAGUCUUGCUGUGGCCCUCCUGGGUCUGUGGAAGGAGAGCUUAGGUUCCUCCACAGCUCCACAGCAGUCUACCAGACCCCCAGCCUCAGAGUCCCCCCACCACAAUGCAGGUCUGAGAAGCCCCUGGGGGCUAUUUCCGGGUAAUGGAGCUUAUUUAUACAUAAACACCCUGAGUUUUCUAGUGGUUCUUUUGGCUUCUGUUCUUUCAGGGUUAGUCAGUGAGUGACAAAUGAGGCUACUGAGGUUGGUCAGAGUAUGGGAGGGUUCCAGCCCACCCCAGGGCCUGAAGCCAUGAUCUCACUCAGAGCAGCAUGGGGCAAAACAUACUGGUUUAAACCAAAUGCACUGCCUGCACACAGUGAUCCCAGCUCACCUGCCCUUGAGACUUUUUUCUCCAUAGAAUGGGCCUCCUGCCAGCCUCGCCAGCAGUAGAUGAUGAGGCCGGCCAAAGCUGGGAGUGCUCAGGCACUGGUGGGGGGCCUUCUGGUUCACUUGCUCCAGAUGCCAGACUGGUGUUCAAGAUCUGAGAUCUGGGGAUCCAGAGAGCUGAGCCUGGGACACAGGCCUGCCCUUAGGAUGCUGCAGGGACUGACCGGGGAACACGAGGCCUUCUGCAGGAGCAUGGGAAGCACAUGGGGAGGAACGGCAGGAGCAAAGGCACAGCAGUGGGGUACAAAUCAUGGUUGGUCUGUGCAUCUGGGGUGUGCACUGG